GAGCGAUGAGGCAAUCGUGGUUACCAUUAAAUUUCCAUCCUUCUCUGCAACUCACGAUUUCAAGAACAAAGACGACGGCCGCCGUUAUCUUCUGGUACUUCUCCCAUGCCGACAUUCCUGUUUUCCCCGUUUUCUUCUCCCUUCAUCCUCGCUCUUUCUUCCCUCAUCAUGCUUUCCACUUUGGUCCUCGCUACGUCUGAAUUUCUCGGCCGCCACUUGCAGUAUUCCAAAUUCUGGAGCCCAAAAAACUCCUCCAACAAAAUCCACCUCCCUUCCCGAUCCGCUAUGCUCCUCUGUUACGUCCCUGCUUUCGCCGUCGCCUCCAUCUCCCUCUUCCUCCUCCUCCCGCGCUACAAUAACUCCUCCACGAGGAUUUUCCUAAUCAACUCCCUUCUCCUCAUCCAUUUCUUCAAACGAAUCUUCGAGGUUGUGUUCGUUCAUAAAUACAGCAACAAAAUGGGCCUGAGCGAUGCGAUUAUUGCCUCGAUUACCUAUAUACUCCUUACCGGCAGCACGAUCUACUCUCAGAUGGUUGCGCAGGAUCUGGCGGAGCCGCAGAUCGAUCUGAGGGCGGCUGGAUUGGCGAUGUACUGGAUUGGAAUCACUGGAAAUCUGUAUCACCACGUUCUACUAUCGAAAUUGAGGAAAGAAGGCGAUAGAGAGUACAGGAUUCCAAGGGGAGGGAUGUUUGAAGUGAUCGUGUGCCCUCACUACCUGUUUGAGAUGGUAGAGUUCUUAGGAAUCGCUUUCGUUUCGCAGACACUGUUCGCAAUGGUCUUCGCCAUCGGAUCCGCUCUGUUCUUGAUUGGCCGAAGCUACGCCACCAGGAAUUGGUACGUUUCUAAAUUUGAAGAUUUUCCUCGCCAUGUUAAAGCCAUCCUGCCUUUCGUUUUUUGAAAACUCUUCAAUUCCUAAAUAUGUGUUUAUGUAAAGCUAUUUGUAUUAAUGUCAUCUCGUGACCAAAAUUCAUUCGGAA